AUGCAUAUGCCUUAUGGGACGCGAACCUUAAAAAAUAAUCAGAAAGCAAAGCUUGUCGCUGAUUACCAAGAUUUAUUAAAAGAAUUAUCAACACAAGACAUAAAGUCUGUGGGUAAUUAUAUCCUAGAGGAUACAAUUGGUGAAGGAACAUAUGGAAAAGUAAAACUAGCGACUCACAAAUUGACUGGUCAAAAAGUCGCCAUAAAAAUAAUACCUAAAAUUCACGCGGAAAAUCUAACGAGAGAGAUACAUCAUCAUCGAUAUUUACAUCAUCCUAAUAUCAUUUCCUUAUUCGAAGUUAUACCAACUGAAAACAAAAUUUAUAUGGUAUUAGAAUAUUGUGAAGGGGGUGAAUUAUUUGAUUUUUUAGUUAAUCGAAAACGCCUAAAAGAAAAUCUAGCCAGAAAAAUGUUUGGACAAUUAUGUCGGGCAGUUAAAUAUUGUCAUGACAGAAGAGUGGUUCAUAGGGAUCUUAAACUAGAAAACAUUCUUCUCGAUGCUCAUAAAAAUAUAAAAUUAGGUGAUUUUGGCUUUACAAGAGAAUAUGAAAGUAAAAAAUUAUUAGAGACGAUAUGUGGUUCAACAGAAAUGCUCAUCGGUAAAAAAUAUUCUGGUCUAGAAAUCGACAUAUGGUCGUUGGGGGUUAUUCUAUAUACGCUGCUCUGUGGCUCACUUCCUUUUGAUGAUGAUGAUGAGAAUGAAAUGAAACUAAAAAUAAUGAAAGGCGAAUAUGAAAUGGGUGAAUUUUUAUCAGAUGAAGUUGCCGAUGACGAAUCCAUAUCCUCUCUAGAAGAGAAAAAUGAAAAGGAACCUAUGAAACAAGCAACGAUAAUACGAUCGGGAAAUAAUAAUGACGCAAUGAGUCAUCUUGAACGACAGCGGCAGGAAAUUUUUUUAGCGACGAAAAAACAAAAUAUACAAAACUAUUAUCCAAAUGGAUUUACUCGUAAAGGUAAUGACAUCGCGCCUUCUGCAUUUCAAACGCGAUUGGCAGGAAUGGCAACUGCGAUAGAUAGUGGUUCUACUAGUGCUUCUACAACUCGGAAAACUUUGGGACCUUCAACUUCAAAGUCAUCUAGAAGGUCUUCGAUUGAUAGUAAGACUUUUAAUGAAAAAAUAUUUUUUACAACUCCUGAAGAAAAAGAACUAUUAGAAAAACUUGAAGGUUUAGGUUUUGAUGUUCAAGCCAUAAAAAAUAGUGUUCUGGAAGGUAAUGUGGACUCUGCGAGUGGACUUUGGUGGCUUUUAUUAACGAAACUAAGAGAAAAAAGGAAGAUUGAAGGUGCUCAAAGUUCAGUGACAAUGGUGGACGUUGCUGUUGGUACUAGUGGGGAUGAGUUAGAAAUUGCAGAUGAUAUUGAGGAGGAACCUGAUAGUAUGGACUCACCUGUCGAUAGUAAUAGGUCAUCUCAAGAUGAUGAUUAUGAUGGAAAGAUAGCUAUAAAUUCCAUGAAAGUUCCGGAAAAGAUGCUACCACCUACACCACCACCGAAAACUUAUCACACAGCUCCAGCUUCACGCGAAAGACGAAAAUCUUUGAUCCUUUCACUGCCAGAGGCGGUUGAACCUGUUUUGACAACUAUUACUGCUACAGCAUCACCACCACUGUCACCUAAAAAAUAUUCAUCUUUUACUAGUCCAUUAAGUUCACGGUCAGUAAGCCCUAUACCACAUAUAUCUGUCACUCCAAUAACAAUACAGCUACCUAACAAUAAAGAUAAUAGAAAGAAAAGUAUAUUAUCGACAAUUAAGGGAUGGUUGGGUGGUUCUAGUCAGCAGCAGAAUAAUAAAGAUUUGAAUAGCCCUUAUAAAAAAAGCGUGCUGAACUUGACUGAAAGUGGAGUUUUGGUUCCUGCUGAUGUCGCACGUUCACGAACGCGUCUUAACAAAAGGAAUGAUAGUAAAACACCAUUAUCAUAUGAUAGUGCUAGUAACUAUAACAUUCGAAGAAGAUCAUCUUCGAUAUCUCGUGGUGGGUCAAUAAGAGACAAGAAAAAGAAGAAUCGAAAUUCUUUUCAGGGUAACAAAAGUCGUCGUUCAAGUACUGCACCUUUGUCUAUUCCUCCUGUUACACCUUCUGUUGUUCUUUCAAAUAAUUCCCCAAUGGGUAUGUCACCUAUCCCCGGGACACCACCAGCGGUUAGGCAUAAAACCAUGUUUACCAUUAAUCGUAGAAACCCAUUUGCUUAUAAUACAGGAAAUUCAUGGGGACGUAAACAAGUAAAACGACGGAGUACUGGAGGAAGCUCAAUUAGCAGCAUACAGGAAAAUUUUGAAGCUGAUGUCGGAUCAGGAUCAGGCUCAUCUGAGAAUGCUAAUAAUCAUCAAGAUAAGGACACUUUUGAAACAAGUGCGAUAGAGAACAUUACUGAUGAUAUUGUAAAAAAUGAUACGUUAACUAUAGAUGGACAGACAAUAAUAAAUAACAACUCUGAACCGUCGAUAUCUAAGCAGAAGAAAAUAGAUGUACAAAAAGUAGAUGAGUCGUCACAUAAAAUAAAAGAGGAUGUGACCUCCAGUGAUGACGGUGAGGAAUCUGAUAUAUUUAUUGAUGCUUCAAGUGAAAUUGCAUCUCACCCACGAUCCCGUACGCCAUCACCAUCACAUUUUGCUGCUGCAUCCCCUUUAUCUAAUGAUUCACCUAUACUUAAACCCUACGGAACUAUCAUAAAUCCACUCACUUUUCCUUAUACCCUAUUCCAUAAUUCCAAUUUAACUUCUAUAAUAUCAUCGACACCAGUCUCCCCACCUUUAUCUCCAGCGGAUAGCAAUGCCGAAGUUUCACCUACAUUACCAAAAAAAGGUCACCAACGUCUUAACUCAUUACCUACUACGCUGAAUUCAAGAUCAGGAGGGAAACAGAGAGACGUUUACAUUUCACCUAUUGAAAAGACGCAGGUUCCUGCACAAUUAAUGAUGGAUUUUGUGUCCACGCCACCAGACUCACCAAAAUUGCCAUCACCAAUAAUAACGUCUUCCUUAUCAUCGACAGCACCACAUCCGCACACAAACAGAUCUUCACAGUUGCGCCACCAUCAUAACCGUUCACAUUCUUCCCCAAUUAUUGGAAACAAUAUAAAUAAUAGCAAGACGGAGGAUAUUACUUCGCAUAAUGAAACAUCCGAGAAAGAUUCUCCGCCCUCGCCGCCAAAUGGGCUCAAUAAUGCGAAGCUACUUUAUGUGAGUUCAAGUAGCCCUCUAAGCAAUCCACGGAGACCAAAUAUAAUGAAACCUUCAGUGAUCGUGGAGGAAGAGGAAGAAGAGUGA